AAACAAAUGACAUCAUCAGGCCGCGACGCCGCUGCCGGUUUGCGGUAAACAUCAGUUAGCGGCUCCUGAAAGAGUCGUAACGUAAACAGCGACAAACCGGCACAGUGUGGAUUCUCUGCUCCACGGUCACACAGCGGAGGUUCCCCGGUUCUCUGGCCGCUCCGUUAGCCGUUAACUGACCGGUGGACGGAUCGUUAGCCGUUAAUUGACCGGUGGACGGAUCGUUAGCCGUUAACUGACCGAUGGACGGACCGUUAGCCGUUAACUGCCCGGUGGACGGACCGUUAGCCGUUAACUGACCGGUGGACGGACCGUUAGCCGUUAACUGACCGGUGGACGGACCGUUAGCCGUUAACUGACCGGUGGACGGAUCGUUAGCCGUUAACUGACCGGUGGACGGAUCGUUAGCCGUUAACUGACCGAUGGACGGACCGUUAGCCGUUAACUGACCGGUGGACGGAUCGUUAGCCGUUAACUGACCGGUGGACGGAUCGUUAGCCGUUAACUGACCGAUGGACGGACCGCCGCCGCUGCCCCCGGAGCUCUGGGUGUGCGUGUUCAGCUACCUGAGCACGGAGGAGAAGCACACCGUGCGCACCUGCUGCCGACACCUGAAGAAGCUGGUGGACCACCCGUCGCUGUGGCGGGGCCACACUGUCGUCCUGUCCGACCUCCGCCGCUACACCUACGGCUUCUGGGACACGCUGCUCCGCCGGAAGCUGACCCGGGUGGCGGUGCGGCACCUGCGGCGGAAGGAGUGGCGGCGCCUCGUCAAGUUCCUGCCGACGCUCACCGCCGUGGUGUUCGUGGACGGAGGAAGGCUGUACAAGGAGAAGUACCUGGACCACCUGGCCCGCUUCCCGGAGAUCCGGGACGUGGGGGUGAGGAACGCCACCUGGGACGAGCCUAUCCUCGGCCAGAGCGUCACCGCUCAGCUGCGGGAGCGGCUGACUCACCUGAGCGUGUGCAACGUCCGGCUGCCGUGCACGGUGCAGUUCAUCAACGCGGUGUCUCACCUGGGCAACCUGCGGUACCUGCUGUUCCACCAGCAGGGGGAGGGCUACGGCCUGGACACGGUGCGACCGGUGCCCCGCGGAGUCUUCCACAACCUGCUGCUGCACCUGAACAAGCUGCAACACCUGUCCUGGGGCAUGAGGGGGGAGCCAUCAGAGCCGCUGCCCGACGACUACCUCAGCCCUUCGGACCCGCAGCAGCCAGUAGGACCGGACUGGUACGGCGGCCCGGCCCUGACCAGUCUGGAGCUGGUGGAUUACCCAGAAACCAUCCUGCCAGAGAAUGCUCUGAGGAGUCUGACGUCGCUGCGCUCGCUGACGGUCCGGUACAGGUACAUCAGAGAAGGCAUCACCUGUCGCCUUCGGUCGUGGCUGAGUCCUCUGAAGCAGCUGGAGAUGCUCACCAUCAUCGGUGGAAACUCUCUGGCGACCUACACCACCACCAUCCCAUCCAGCGUGACCAGGCUGACGCUGCGAGUCGCCAUAACGCUCAAGGACAUGGACUCCAUCGCACCCAAAGUCCCAGGACUGGAGCACCUGGACAUUGAACAGAACCGGUCCAGCGGCAGCCUCUGCAGACGGAUCCCCAUGCUGUUCCCAGAACUCAGGACUCUACGGAUACGAUUUUUCCGCCGGGAACCAGAGAAGGACCUGCUGAGCCUCCACCGACUGCGACACCUGGUGCAGCUGGAGCUGCUGGUGGAGCGAUCUUUCAUCCUCAGAGACUACCUCAACGGUCACCCGUGGCCCAGUCCCUGCGUCCGGGAGCUGAUUGACGAGCUUCGACAGCUUUCCGAGAACAGGAUCACCGUCAUCACCGCCAUGCGACAGAGAAACCCUCUGAAAGAAUGCGACUGUGUCUGGGAAGGAGACUGAGGUGGCCGACAGCAGCUGGGAAAACAAGUCUGCUUCUAGGAGCACGAAGAAGACGGGUCCUUGACUCGGGAACAGAAGCCACGAGACACCAAGACGAGAAGAAUCAGAGAAACUGUUGGUCCCUGCAGGGACUGGAAGGUUAGAAGGAAGGAGGUGUUGGAUGGCGUGCUGGGAAGAAGAGCCUGAAGGUCCAGCAGUGGUUCAGUUGUUCAGAAGAGCCUGAAGGUCCAGCAGUGGUUCAGAUGUUCAGAAGAAGAGCCUGAAGGUCCAGCAGUGGUUCAGAUGUUCAGAAGAAGAGCCUGAAGGUCCAGCAGUGGUUCAGAUGUUCAGAAGAAGAGCCUGAAGGUCCAGCAGUGGUUCAGAUGUUCAGAAGAAGAGCCUGAAGGUCCAGCAGUGGUUCAGAUGUUCAGAAGAAGAGCCUGAAGGUCCAGCAGUGGUUCAGAUGUUCAGAAGAAGAGCCUGAAGGUCCAGCAGUGGUUCAGUUGUUCAGAAGAGCCUGAAGGUCCAGCAGUGGUUCAGAUGUUCAGAAGAAGAGCCUGAAGGUCCAGCAGUGGUUCAGUUGUUCAGAAGAAGAGCCUGAAGGUCCAGCAGUGGUUCAGUUGUUCAGAAGAAGAGCCUGAAGGUCCAGCAGUGGUUCAGAUGUUCAGAAGAAGAGCCUGAAGGUCCAGCAGUGGUUCAGUUGUUCAGAAGAGCCUGAAGGUCCAGCAGUGGUUCAGAUGUUCAGAAGAAGAGCCUGAAGGUCCAGCAGUGGUUCAGAUGUUCAGAAGAGCCUGAAGGUCCAGCAGUGGUUCAGAUGUUCAGAAGAAGAGCCUGAAGGUCCAGCAGUGGUUCAGAUGUUCAGAAGAAGAGCCUGAAGGUCCAGCAGUGGUUCAGAUGUUCAGAAGAAGAGCCUGAAGGUCCAGCAGUGGUUCAGAUGUUCAGAAGAAGAGCCUGAAGGUCCAGCAGUGGUUCAGAUGUUCAGAAGAAGAGCCUGAAGGUCCAGCAGUGGUUCAGAUGUUCAGAAGAAGAGCCUGAAGGUCCAGCAGUGGUUCAGUUGUUCAGAAGAAGAGCCUGAAGGUCCAGCAGUGGUUCAGAUGUUCAGAAGAAGAGCCUGAAGGUCCAGCAGUGGUUCAGAUGUUCAGAAGAAGAGCCUGAAGGUCCAGCAGUGGUUCAGAUGUUCAGAAGAGCCUGAAGGUCCAGCAGUGGUUCAGAUGUUCAGAAGAAGAGCCUGAAGGUCCAGCAGUGGUUCAGAUGUUCAGAAGAAGAGCCUGAAGGUCCAGCAGUGGUUCAGAUGUUCAGAAGAGCCUGAAGGUCCAGCAGUGGUUCAGAUGUUCGCUCAGCUGGCUCUAAGUGGGUAAAAAUAUUCAAACAAAUCCUUCACUGAAUAUUUUCUUCACCAGUGGAACAGCAUGAAUGAAAACAUGUCAGAGCUGAUUGACUUCCUGUUGGGUCACAGAUCCAGUUAAUGUCUUGUUAGGACGAGUUUAUGUUUAAAUUUAAUUCUCUUAAACCCUUUAUAUGAAUAAACUAUAAAGUGUGAUGAAGAAGAAACCAAACUGUGUAAAACAGGCUCAGUGUUGGACUGAGAAGGUCGCUGAUGUAGAACGUUUCUCCUGAUAAAUGAACACCAGAGACUGAUGAGAGCAGCCAGAGCUGGUUUAUGAGCUUCCAGUAGUCGAAUCAUCUGAUGAAAUCACUGUUCAGGUGGUUUGUUUCUGCCAUAUUUAUGUUCAGUCUGACUGCAGCUACAAAAACAGAAGCUGUAGAAACUCUGCAGUCAUGAAAAAAGAAACUUUAAAAUUGUUGAUUUUAUCAUUUUAAAGGUUACCAUUUAUUAAAAACUGUUAAAAGUCA